GUUGAACCCAUCCUAGACCAAAUCCCGGGAGUGGGGUGGGGGCUGGGCCCCCUCAGGGCAGGGUCCCGACGCUCCAGCCGUCCUGUAGUCCCCAGCUGGGAGUCCCUGAUGCGCGCCAGCUGCGUACGCGGCGGAGACCCCACACCUGCCGGAGUCUUCUCUACCCCCAGCUGUGAGGCCAAAACUUCCCCAAUCCCGGAAGGCGCCCCACCCCAGCUGCGGCCGGGCCCCGUCUCCCUGCAGCUGCGGGACUGAGCACCUCGAGCCGAGAGGCCCGCGACUAGGCAGCUGCUGUGAUCAGCUCUCAAACAGAAAGGACAGGAUCCAGCCAUAUCUCAAUGGACCCCAGGGGUAUCUUGAAGGCAUUUCCCAAGCGGAAGAAAAUUCACACCAAUUCACCAUCAAAAGCACUUGCAAAGAUUCCCAAGAGGGAACACGGAGAAGCAGCAGGAGAGUGGCUGAGCUCCCUGCGGGCCCAUGUUGUGCCCACUGGCAUUGGGCGAGCGCGGGCAGAAGUCUUCGAGAAGCAGAUUAUCCAGCACGGUGGCCAGAUAUGCCCUGCCCAGGCAGCAGGGAUCACUCACAUUGUGGUGGAUGAAGGCAUGGACUAUGAGCGAGCCCUCCGCAUCCUUAGACUGCCUCAGCUGCCGCCAGGUGCUCAGCUGGUGAAGUCAGCCUGGCUAAGCUUGUGCCUACAGGAGAGAAGGCUGGUAGACACGGCAGGAUUCAGCAUUUUCAUCCCCAACAGGUGCCUGGACCAAACACAGCUCAGCAAGGCAGAUCAAGACUCUUCUACUCCUCCUGGAGCCCGUGAGCCUCUGCUCAGGACAGCCCUCUCCCCUCCUCCUUCUCCUGCCAGACCUGUAUCUCCUCCCCGGAGGGCAGAAGAGGCUCCAAGCACCCAAGUCCAGCCUGGCUUUGAUGAUGAAAUCAGUGAUGGGGAAGAGACCCAGGUUAGCGCAGCUGAUCUGGAAGCCUUGAUCAGUGGCCACUACCCUACCCUCCUUGAGGAAGAUGGUGAGCCUUGCCCAGCUCCGAAGGGCCUGGAUAAGUGGGUCUGUGCACAGCCUUCAAGCCAGAAGGCAACCAACCACAACCGUCACAUCACAGAGAAACUGGAAGUGCUGGCUAAAGCCUACAGUGUUCAGGGAGACAAGUGGAGGGCCCUGGGCUAUGCCAAGGCCAUCAAUGCCCUCAAGAGCUUCCACAAGCCUGUCACCUCCUACCAGGAGGCCUGCGGUAUUCCCGGGAUUGGAAAGCGGAUGGCUGAGAAGAUCAUAGAGAUCUUAGAGAGUGGGCAUCUACGGAAGCUGGAUCAUAUCAGCGAGAGUGUGCCUAUCUUGGAGCUCUUCUCCAACAUCUGGGGAGCUGGAACCAAGACUGCCCAGAUGUGGUACCAUCAGGGUUUCCGGAGCCUAGAAGACAUCCGCAACCAGGCCUCCUUGACUACCCAGCAGGCCAUUGGCUUGAAGCAUUACAAUGACUUCCUGGAACGCAUACCCAGGGAGGAGGCCACAGAGAUUGAGCAGACAGUCCAGAAAUCAGCUCAGGCCUUCAACCCUGGGCUGCUGUGUGUGGCAUGUGGUUCGUACAGACGGGGGAAAGCAACCUGUGGUGAUGUGGACGUGCUGCUCACUCACCCAGAUGGCCGAUCUCACCAGGGCAUCCUCAGUCGCCUCCUUGACAGCCUUCGGCAGCAAGGAUUCCUGACUGAUGACUUAGUGAGCCAGGAGGAGAACGGCCAGCAGCAGAAGUACCUGGGUGUGUGCCAGCUCCCAGGGCCAGGGCGGCGGCACCGACGACUGGACAUCAUCGUUGUGCCCUACAGCGAGUUUGCCUGCGCCCUGCUCUACUUCACUGGCUCUGCCCAUUUCAACCGCUCCAUGCGGGCUCUGGCCAAGACCAAGGGCAUGAGCUUAUCAGAGCAUGCCCUCAGCACAGCUGUGGUCCGGAACACCCAAGGCCUCAAGGUGGCGUCUGGCCGAGUGCUGCCCACCCCAACUGAGAAGGAUGUCUUCAGGCUCUUAGGCCUGCCCUACCGAGAACCAGCUGAGCGGGACUGGUGACCCAUGGCUGCAGGGGAGGGGAUGCCAAACUGGACCAGCACCCCACCUGGCCAUCCAGUACUCCCUUCUCCCCUCAGCUGGCUGAACCUCACUGCUUCAACUGCCAGCUCCCUGGGCCUGAGGGAAAGGGCCAGCCUGGCUCCCAGGGUGUGCACAGCCCUCUCCCUGACAGGAGCAUGCUGCUUUCCCUUCUACCUCACCACUGGCCCUGGCCCCUGGCCACAUUCUAGGCAGGAACAGGCAGCUGGUCUGCAGCCAGCUUCCUGUGCCGAAGGCCCAGGCAUUCACACUUCCCUGCCCUAAGGAGGGUCUAGCUGCUGGGGGUGGGAUGGGGCUGCAGGGGGAGAAGCAAGCAGCUGUGGCCCAGCAUCACCCAAGACCCCUUGGAGAGGAGAAUGAGCCAUUCCACAUGUACUCCCUCCACCCACCCCACUUCCUGUGCAGCUGGAGGUGUGUGGCGGGGGCACCCCCGGCCUGGUGAGGACAGCAUUUGAAGGCUCAGGGGCCCAGUAAAGUGCAUUUGACAUUUAACCUGCCUGGUGUCUUGAGCUGCUGCAGCCCUUACCUGCCAUCUGACUCCUGGGCAGGGACAGAGAUGGGAGCUGAAUGAGAGCCCAGAAAGGCAAGUGAACUGCUCUCCACACAGGCCAGGCCCGAGGCAACUCCUGAACUCAGAAAGUGGUAGGGUGGACGUUAAAAGAGAGAAUUCAUGGAGUCAGGCAUUAGGUGCUCGUAUCUACCCGUCAGCAUCUCCUGUGAGCCCUGCCCUAGAACAGGCUAUCUGGGGACAUGAAUAACCGUGAUGGGACUCAUUAGGAAUAGCUAAAUGGUGAUCUCUGUGCCACUGACAGGGCUGAGGCAGUCAGGGAAGGCUGCCUGGAGGAGAGGAAGGGGGGCCUGGCAGGGAAAUAACCUGUUUGAAGUAGGGUGAGCGGCUCUGGGAACAACUAAGGAACACACGUUAGAGAGGAUGCUGUAUGCCAGGAGUCAGGAGAAGGCCGGGCUGCUAGAGGACGGAAGUCCAGCUUAGGGGCUUAGUUUGAUAGAGCAGAGAGGAGCAAGUCCAGUUCGUGGGAUCAGGAUGGUUUUUGGAGGCUGGACCUUGUGGGACAGGGAGAAUUUGUGAGGGGAGUGGAGGAAAGCUUGGGCAUACCAGGUAUGAAGAAUAACGGGCCCAGAGGCAGAAGGAGGAGGCUGCAUGGGAGCAGCAGGGAGCCUGGAGAGGCUUCGUGACAUGGGGGUUUUGAGGGGAGCUCAGGCUGCAGAGACGGGCUUAAACCUGAGUGCUGGCUGUGAGGCAGGGUGGGGGGCGGGUGCCAAGUCCUGCAUCUCCCUCAGUAACUUGCAGAGUCCCAGAGCUGGCUUUUGUUGGCUUGGUGUCAGUCAGGGGAUCCCAGCAGCCUGAAUCGGCCCCCCAACUCUAGUUCAGAACCCUGAAGUCCAAGCCAUGGGGCCUUGGCGGCACUGCUCAUGCAGAGAAGGAAUCAAAAGCCAUGGAGUCUGGGGUGCCCCUUUCACUACCAACCAGAGACAGCCACAUCAAAGGCCCAGAAACCGCUGGGAGGGGCGGGCCUCUCCCUCAGAGCGUCUUCUCCCAGGGAGGCUGGCUGCCCAGGGCCUGGAGUGGAAGAGAAGAGCUGUGAAAUCCCUGUGUCCCCCAGGUGCUAGGGCUGCUUUUGGUCCCUCCUUACUGCUUGUUCUCCUGUGGACUGGGCCCUCAGUGCCCACCACCAGCAAAGGUUGGAGUUGGCAGAAGCCCAAAGCCUGGGGUGUCCGGCUCCAAACGUGGAUGUUGCUUCUCUCCUUUUGCUUCCUACUUCAGUUUCCCAGCCUGCCCAGCAGCCUCUCCAGGUCCAGAGGAAUGGGGCCUCCAGGGCUAGGAGAAGAGGGAACCAGUGGGUCACGGGGUAACUUGGCCAAUUAACGCCUUCCUACACACAGCAAGUUCCCAGACUAUUGGGAGGGAUAGUGCUGACUUCUGUGAAACCAGGUGCCUGGCCCCCAUUCCUGACACCCACUCACACCCACCCCAUCUGCCUUAACUCCUUCUCCCAGAAGACUCAGAAAUCUGGAGUCCGCCCUUCAAACCAUACAAACUCCUGGUCCUACCUCCUGACAAGGGCAGCAGGAAGUCAUGGAUAAAAAGAAAGAGUGCCUACACCCUCCAGACCCAUCCUGGGGCUGGUAUACCCCUGGCUGCUCAAUCUGACACACAAGCCCAGGAGAAGAGCUGAUGGUGGGAUUUCUGUGCCUGGAGAAAGGCUGCCCAGUUUGGGGGAGGGGUGGUUCUCUGAGUCCAAACUAAGCAGAGUGUGUUGAGGGCUCCCCAGCCACUACAGAACCUGCCCCUUCUUCCUGGGUGGGCUCUCAGCCAGUGCCCCAUCCUUCUGGAAAGAGAGACUGAAUUUCAGAGCUCUGGUGGUAACUGGUGUCUUGUCUAGCAACUGAGCACCCCAAACCACCACCCAAUCACUGCCUGGUCCUGAGGAGGAGGAGAGGAGCCCCACAAGCCUGCUUCCUGCCCUUAGCCCAGCCGUCGUCACUCUGUCCUUGAGCCAGAGUUGUCCCUGGACAGCCACGUGUGGGGUCAGCAGAAUAAUGGUCCCUCAAAGUGAUACCCACAUCCUAAUUCCUAGAACCUGUGAAUGUGUUCCCUAACUAGGUGAAAGGGACUUUGCAGACGUGAUUAAGGAUUUUGAAAUGAGAUUAUCCUGGAUUAUCCAGUGGGCCCAAUUUAACCAUGAGUCCUUUAAAGUGGAAAACCUGGGGCUGGCCCAGUGGCGUGGUACUUAAGUUCAUGUGCUCUGCUUCGAUGGCCUGGGCUUUGCAGGUUCAGAUUCCGGGUGUGGACCUACACACCGCCCAUCAAGCCAUGCUGUGGUGGUGACCCACGUACAAAAUAGAGGAAGAUUGGCACAGAUGUUAGCAACAAUCUUCCUCACCAAAAAAGAAAGAAAAAUAAAGUGGAGAACCUUCCCCAUUACAGAGAGAGAUGUGACGAGAGAGAGAGAUGUGACAGUGGAAGGGAGGCCAGAGAGAUGCAGUGUUUCUGGCUUUGAAGAGAGAGGGGCCCACCAGCCAAGGAAUGUAGGCAGCCUCUGGAAGCUGGAAAAGGCAAGGAAACAGA